CAUGCAGGAAGAGUUGAAUACACAAGCUGUUAUCCUAGAAACACUUAACACAACCCUCUACCAAACCCAGAUGGAACUUCAGAGAGAGAAAGCUACAGUGGGAAAUCUAGAGAAAAUGUUCCAGAUCAAGCUUGCCGAAGCUGAAGAAAAGUUUAAAUAUACCAUACAGCUUCUGACAGAAGAAAACAUUCAUCUAAGGCAAAAAAUAAUUGCCAAGAAUGAAGAAAUUUAUGAAGAACGAUCUGGAAGGUCAACCUCUAUCUAUGAGGAUGAUUCUGACACUUUAAAAGAUGACAGCAAUGAAAAACAAGAAUUAUGAGUAGAAAAGUUGUUCUCCAGUACAAAAGAUGAUAGGAACACCAUCUCUGUAGGCUUAGAGAACUCUUGUGAGGUUUUCUUGAGAAAUGUGUAUUAUGAGUUUAGUUCCUUGGUUGCCUUGGUUCUACUUUUGCCUUUUCACAAUUUGCUUUCUUCUAAGUGGUUGGGAAAGUUUGAAUUCCCGUCUCAAUUAUACAGAUUUUUCAAGACUCUUCAUUGAAAGGUGGUGUUCAAUAUAUGUGAAUCUGAGCUUUCUUGGGCACUGUACUAUUUCCUCUUCCAUGUUUAUGUAUUUCAUUAUGAAAACACUGAUCUGAAGAACUUCUCCCUAUUAAAUGUUGACUAUAUUUUGAAGUUUAGCUUUUGUCCCCCUGGGGCUUUUAGCUAGCAAGAACGAUAUUGAUUCGAUUCCAAAACCCUUUUCUCUUAUGUGCGUCCCCACUGCUUCACUUCUCAAUCAUCUUCCCUGUAACUAUGAUUUGGGCAAAGUUUCUGAUGAUUCUUGCCACCUUCUCUAAAUAAUCACCAGAAUUCAAAUCCCCACCGGGCAGGCAACAUAAAUAAGUGAAGUGGAUGGAACAGAAGGAAAAAUAAUCACACAAACAAGCACGGUGAUAAAUGGUAAUUGGCAGCAGCCUAAAUGUAGGAGACUGAGCGGGGUGGUAUGGGACUGGGUGAACCCAUUCCAGGCUGCCACACGAGAGCAUGGGACCGAUGAGGUCAGAUACUCCGAUUUGUCAAAAGAAAGGAUUGUGGCUUUUAUAUGACCUGUCCCAAUUUUUAAAUAUGGGCAAAAAAUUUUUUAAGAAAUACAACUGUGUGAGCCAACAUUGGGAGCCUAGAGUGAAACACACCUGUGAUCCAAAUGCUUUCCACCUGUGAGAUGCCAAUGGCAAACAACAGAGACAAAACGAACAAACAAAACAAUCUCCAACCAACAGUAAGUUAAAAUUCUAUUUUAUUCUGUUAAAAAUAUUAUUGAAAAAAAUUAUUGAAAAAAUAUUUUUUUAAAAAUGAAUAUUUAAAAAAAACUUCAUAUAGAUUUAGAAUAAAGAAAGGGCAAAGGCAUGAAGGAAGCACAGUAUCAUUAGCAAAAAAAGCAAAUCGGUUAUUGACUGAUAGAGAAGCAUAUAUAUAUAUAUAUAUAUAUAUAUAUACUGUAAGAGCAAUAAGAGAAAAGGCUGUUAAAAGCUUUUAACAUAAGAAAUAGCAUUUUCAAACAUAUAUAUUUUUUUUUGUUUGUUUUUUUAAAGAUUUUAUUUAUUUAUUUGACAGAGAUAGAGACAGCCAGCGAGAGAGGAAA